AUGCAUUCAGCAGUGAGCUUAUCUUUCAUAUUACUUGCCAUUUCAUCUAAUUUUGCAAUAGGAAUCAAAAAGGAAAAGCAAGUACCCCAGACACUCUCUAGAGGAUGGGGAGAUGAUAUCACUUGGGUACAAACUUACGAAGAAGGCCUUUAUCAGGCAAAACAAAGUAAUAAGCCACUGAUGGUUAUUCACCAUUUGGAAGAUUGUCAAUAUUGUCGCGCAUUAAAGAAGGUCUUUGAAGAAAGUCAAGAAAUACAGGAGAUGUGUCAGAAUGAUUUCAUCAUGCUCAACCUCAUGCAUGAAACAACUGAUAAGAACUUAUCACCUGAUGGACAGUAUGUACCUCGAAUCAUGUUUGUAGAUCCUUCUCUCACAGUAAGGGCUGAUAUCACUGGAAGAUAUACAAAUCGAUUGUAUACUUAUGAACCUCAAGACUUAGCUGUGUUAAUCAAGAAUAUGAAGAAAGCAUUGCAUCUCAUUCAGACCGAAUUGUAA